AUGCCAACAUUGAAGGACGCUGAAACCAAGGGCCACAUAAUUCUACCCUUUCCAGAAUCACCAUCUCAACUAUCCGUAUUCACAAAUGGAAUUACUGUGCCAGUAGCCGUGGAAGAACGACAUCUGCACGGAAUAUGGGACGACAUCCACCUAGUGGGCAAUGUGACGACGGUCAUCGUUACCAAUCUCGGCAUCGACGAGAUGAACUCCGAUCAUCUCGUCAUUAUGCAGAGAUUAUCAAAAACCAUCACUCCGUUGAUUGUCGUUGAAUUCGGUCAGUUCGCUUUCUUCAUGUGUUUCCGUUUAAUUUUUCCACAGCAAACCCUAACCUCAAUAAUGUUAAAACUUCAACAGUACUUAACAAUUGAGGAAAUGGGAGCCUCGAAACUCGAGCUCUCCUCGACGAAACCGCCAUAUGCCUUCUUGGGUGGCCGUGUAGGAAACGCUUCCCCAAAUGUUGUCUACUUUUGCAACGGUGCCUAUCCAGAGAUGCUACCGAAUCUCCAGAUCGACAACCUUCACGAUAUCAAACCUUCCGAGCUGAACAAGAAGUCGUCUACUCCACAAGAGGCUGCAUUCUGGCCUCGAUUUUUCGUUUCAGCUGCAAAAGAACAUCGACAUCAUGAUCAUCGACACGAACACCACGAACACCAUGGUGCUCAUCAUCAUGGUCAUUACCAUCACCACCACCAUAGGCACCAUUUCGAUGAAGACGUCGACGAAAUCGUUGAUCAAAUCAUGGAGGAAAUCGCGGAAGAGGUCCCAGUCAUCAGCGAGCCCGCAAAAGAAGCAAAAGAAUAUGAUAAAAAAUUACGCUGUAAGUUCAGAAAGUCCUGCUAUGAGACUGGAAUAAAACCCGAAUUGGAAACCGUAGUCACCCGCUUUGUAAAAAAGUGGUUUCCACAAUGGAUUGAGGAUGAGGACGCUGCUAAGAAAGAGGAAGUAGAAGAGGAGGAGAUGCAAAAGCCUUACGAUGUCGAAGAAGAUCUUGUACCUCAGAAACUACGCUGCAGAUACCGUAUCUCAUGCUAUCAAGAACGAGGUAUUCCAUUCGACGAGCAAGCAGAGGAACGACGAAAAGUUCUACUAUCGAGUAAACGUGUAAUUCAGGAAAAAGGACAAAAGAAAACUCUAAAGGAAAUCGCCGCUGACACACUGAAGAUGGUACAAGAGGCAGGAGAAAAGGCUGCAAAGCGUCCUGUUGUAAAGGUCGUCGAAAAGCGUUUGAAUGCUAUUGAAGAGAAGCUCAACGAGAAGCUUAACUGUAAAUAUCGUAAGAGCUGCUAUGAAACCGGCCAGAAACCCGUCGUUGCCGAUGCCUGGUCUCUACCGCUACCAAUAAAAAUCUUUUCUACUGAGCCAGCCGAAGCAGCAACUAAAGAGAUCAACUAUAACGAACUGGAAGAGCUCGAAAAGAAAGUCUACUGUAAAUAUCGCAAGAGUUGUUAUGAGACCGGUAUCAAACCCGAUAUUGACCCAGAAAUCUUCGUGCGUACGUUCCGCGAUCUUUUCACCAUACAUGAGCAAGUCGAACCGCGAAAGAUGACAAUACAAGAGAAAUGCAAGUACCGAAAGUCCUGCUACGAGACAGGUAUUGUACCUGAGAUCAAUCCGAAAGCUGGAGGAAGUGAUCCACAAAGAGGUCAGCGCUGUCAUACCCACAACCGCACAAGACUUGCGUAUCCUGUAAAACGUCGUCAAAUCGAAAAGGAAGUGCGACGGCGACGAGCUAAACGAGCAAAGCUCCAUCGACGCUUCCGCGGUGAGCUACAGCUUGACAGUUAUCGACGGCACCAUGGACGGAAUAGAAGCAGGGAGUAUGAACACCCGAAAAAACCGGAAGAGCCUGAGAAACGGGAAGAGCAGGAAGAUGUUGAGGAGGUUAUCGAUGUGAAGAUUAUUCCUCCGAAGAGAGGACGAAAAGAGAAAGUCAAGGAGAAACAGGAAGAGGUCACGGAAAGGCCCUCCAAGCAAGACAUCCAAGUACCGGAAGCCAAAACAACAGCAACAGAAAGCCGACUCUGA